CAGUUUACAUCUAUACAUUUCAUCUCUAUUUCAUAAACGGUAGACAACCGAAAACAAAAAAUCAGUAUGUUUGGUUUAUGGCAAUCAGUCUGCGAGAUGUAGCGAGAGCUUCAGCUUUCGCGGGAAAACAAAGACUUUAGCUGCUGAAAUGAGCAAAAAUUGAAAUAAUGGGUGCGUCUGAAGAAGAAAGCAAAGAGCUGGUUGUCGCACAAGGUCUUUUUAAAGAUGUUAAAUAUUAUACUGUGGCGAAAGUAGAGGAAAAUGUGGAGAAGUACUUAAAUGCAGGUGGAGCUAAGAAGGAUGUCUACUUGAGUGAAAUGGUGACCCAUGUCAUAUGUGAUGACCCUAGUAAUGAUGAGUAUGGGGAGGCAAAGGAACUCUAUGAACUCCCUGUGGUGUCUAGUCUUUGGGUGGAGCUGUCUGUGAGAAGUGGGAAACAAUUGCCCAUAAAUGCUUUUACUCCACAAGCAAGGGGCCUACUUAAAGGUGUAGUCAUCUGUCCAUCAAAGCUGAGUGCUCAGGAUCUGAAGUCUCUUUGGGCCAUGGUGACAUUUUAUGGAGGGAGCUGCAGCAUGAACUUGGAUAAGAAGUGCACACAUCUUGUCACCAACAGGCCAGCCGGGGCCAAGUAUGAGUGUGCAUUGCGACACCAGGACACGGUGAAGAUUGUCACCCCUGACUGGGUCGUAGAGUGCAUUAAAGCCAAAGACAAGAUGGAAGAGGAGCCCUUCCACCCAAGGCUGCUUAUUCUGGAGGAGAAAAAAGAAGAAAAAGAAGAAGAAAAGGAGGAAACCAUGGAAACAUCAGACAAUGUAGAAAUAAAGAAUGAACAAUCAGAGGAAACCCAGCAUGGGAGGAUGGAGUCUGCACCAAUGGGGCUACCCCAGGGGGUACCUCCCCACCAGCAACCACAUCACUUAAGGGAGCACUCCCCGUCCCAUGCAUAUAGACUACAGAGGCCUCCCUUCCCUGUACACCAGCAGUCCUCCCCUCUGCCUGCUACAGGGAUGCACCACCCACUCCACAUGCCUAUGCACCACCCCAUGCAAGCACCCCCCUACCAGUACCUCCCCCAGACUCCUCCUCAUGGAGUAGGCUUCCAGCAGGGGAUGGGACACAUGCCAGUGACGCCCCAGGAGUCCCAGACUGCCAGAGAAGCUUUGGCUAAAAUGGUGAACAAUAGAAUGCAGGCCAACGGGAGAGUGUCAGAGACUCCUGAAGCAGAACUACACAGGAGGCCUCCUCCUCCUCCUCCUCUAGCUAACAUUGGUACCCCCCCUGGGUCAGGGGGAAACUCUCCCAGGAGCGGGUCCCCUGGAAGAAGCACACUCAGGAAUAUUACUAAUAAUGCUGACACCAGUGUGGCAACCAACAGACAGAAUACAGAGAAGAUUCAACAAAUCAUUAACUCAAUCAGUCGCUCUGCCUCCCAGUCACCCAAGGGAAGACCUGGGGGCCAGUUCCCAGCCAAACUGCAGGAGGAGGGGGCAAUAUACUAUGGCCAUGAUGGCAGUGAAAGAGUCCCAGAGGAUAUGUGUCUCCUUGGCUGUGUGUUCUACAUAGCUGACUACAACAAAUAUAUGGAACAAGAGCAGUUGGAUGUCUGGAAAAAGGCUAUCAGUCAACAUGGUGGCCAGGUGGACACUUCCUACUCCAACAGGGUGACACACCUGCUGUGUGAGCAUCAGGAGAGUGAUGUCUUUGCCUUGGCCCUGAAGGACCAGAAGAGAGUGGUCACUGCCCACUGGUUAAGUGACGUGAUGGACAGGAAGAAGAUGCUGCCGCCAUGGCUGGCCACCCACUUCCCCUCUGUCCACGGACAUCAAAAACCUUGCACUGACCAGCUGAUAUCUGUGUCUGGGUUUGUUGGAGCAGAGAGAGCUAGAAUAAAACACAUGCUGCAAAUUAUUGGUGCCAAAUAUGUGGGAUUUCUUGCUCACUCACACUCGGCUCUUAUUGUGAAGAGGUUACAAGGUAUUAAAUAUGAGAAAGCUAUGGAAUGGAAAGUCCCUGUAGUCAAUGUCCAGUGGCUGAAUGACCUCGUCCUGGGUCACAUGAGUGCCCUCAAACUUCCUGUACACAGCAGAUACCAGCAGUACAACCUGGAGGAUGACUUUCGUGUGGAUGCCUGGAGGGUCUCACAGUGGCUCAUUGGUUGGAAAGUCCCUCUCAAAAUCCCCAAAGAUACAUGGAAGCGUUUUGUCCCCAAUCCAUUGUUGAAGUUGUCAGCAGGAGUGAACCAGGGAGAUCCUGUGAGUGGGAAUAAUAAAAGAAAACUGGAGGAAGCCAGGGAGGAACCACCUGCCAAGAGACCUAGAACAACUCCAGUAAUUCCUGGUGCUCCAGUUGUCAUCUUUACAGGGAUACCAAAAGGACGCAUGACAAAGAUGGAAGAGCAAGUAGAAGCUUUGGGAGGAACAGUGACCACAGAUCCAGCAGCAGCCACUCACCUGGUGACCAAUCAGCUUGCCAGGACGGUGAAGUUUCUGAUUUGUAUCAACACGUGUCAGCACAUUGUGACCACACAGUGGCUGGACCAGAGCAGUAUCCAGGGACACUUUCUAGAUGAGAGUGGAUUCGCUCUGAAGGAUUUGGAGGCAGAGGGAACUAUUGGUUGUGAACUGGCAGUGUCGUUACAGCGGGCACGAUCUAAGAAAUUAUUUCAGGGAAUUCAGUUCUAUAUCACCCCAAGUGUUGCCCCAGAUAAGAAGGUGCUGAAGACCAUUGUAGAAAGUGCAGGAGGGGAGGUGGUAGCAAGGCGGCCGUCUGCCAGGUUCAUCAUGGGGAGAAAAACUGCAGCUGGGGAGCCUGCCUUCAUCGUGGUUACCUGUGAUGCAGACAUGCAUAUUGUCAGGGACCUCACGUCUCGGAAAUUGCCUAUUUUUAAUGCGGAGUUUGUCCUGACUGGAGUUCUACGCCAAAAGAUUGACUAUGAACAGUUCACCAUUCUGGGGAGCUGAUGUCCGACUUCUUUUAACUUGAUGUGUGCAGUUUCUGAAAUCACUACACAGAUCAUAUGUUAGAAAAACUGCUGGCACCGUUCAGAUUGCUUUUCAUUUAAUGUAAUUACUCUUGUACUACAAUAAUAUUUGUAAUUUCUGUUUUAAUGUGUCAUCUUUCCUAGAUUUUAAAGAACAAUAUAUUGUGACAUAUGCACAACACUUGGAGAAAUUUCAAACUGGAACUCUCAGCUAUAGAAUAGAAUAAUGUACAAAGAUAUUUAUUGCAAAGUAAUUUUAUUAGUAAAGACAUUCACGCAAGACACAAUAAGUAGAUUGUGAUUGUUUUAAUAAUGCGUCGAUUUUUAUACUCAUUAAUGUUUGUUUAAGAUGUUUGUGUGUGCAGAUCCCACUCUGCUCUGGCUUGCAUAAUCUCUUAGUUUGUAACAGCCCUUGGUCUGUAUUCGGAUUGACUAAGCUUUCAUGUGACGAGUCUUUAACACAACUUUUGUAAUAGAAUUAUGUGAGAAAUCCGUUUAAUCACGGACUGGAAUGAAUGUGUCCAAUAAAGACAAAUCCGCGUUCAUGUGGAGACGCCGUG